GGCUUUUCGAUUUAGAAAUGUUUUUUUGGUUGUAAACAAACUCUUGUAAAAGUUUUAAAUUUGUUACAGUUUCAGAUUUUUAUCUCGGUUUAAAUAUGGAAUCAGAAAUAAAAAAAGUAUCUGAAGAUAUUGUCAAUGCUGUAAAUUUAAUUAUGAACCCAACAACACCUGAAAUUAACAGGAGAAAAGCUCAUGAGCUUUUAGAAAAUUUUAAAGAUACAUCACCUAUUUGUGCCAAAUGUGGGUUUUUCUUGAUUGUAAGAAGUAAUCCUCCUAUCAUCCGACACUUUGGUUAUCAGUUGAUAGAGAAUUAUGUAAAGCUUCAUUGGAAUGACAUCAAUGAUGAUGAGAAAGUCUAUAUCAAAAAUACUUCCAUGCAAACAUUAGCUUCAGGCACUGGACCUGUUCUUGAAGAAGAGAUGUACAUAAAAGAUGCUAUGAGCAGAGUAAUUGUUGAACUCAUAAAAAGAGAAUGGCCACAACAUUGGACAUCAUUAAUGGAAGAACUCCACAACAUUUGCCGCCUGGGUGAUGCACAAACAGAAUUAGUUUUGUUGAUAUUUUCCCGUUUAACAGAUGAUAUAGUAAAGUUCCAGAACAUUCCAGAAAAAAGGCGAAGAGAAAUGUAUAUGAUUCUAAGUAAUUAUGUGCAUGAUCUUUUUAAUUUUUUUCAUGACACUCUGACAGAAAAAGUACAAAAGUAUAUUGCCAAAAACCAGUGUAAUAUUACAGAUACUGAGACAAUAACAAACUGCAGAAUAAUUCAGGUCACUCUAGAAACUUUAUCUACUUUUGUAGAUUGGGCUCCUAUGCACAACAUAACUGAAAAGCGACCUUUAUUUUCCCUGCUGUGUAGACUUUUAGGAUACCCUGAAUUGCGCAUACAUGCUGUUAAGUGUUUGUUGAAUGUUCUUGACAGAAAGGGUAAGCCAUCUGACCGAAAUAUGUUACUUUUUUUCUUUGAAGAAACUGACCUAUUCAAAGCUGUAAUCAACUUAGACAUCUAUUGUCAAGAUCAUUAUCUGUUUUUCAAGGAAUUUUUGCAGUGCCUAUUAGCUUUAACGUCGAAUUUAUGUGCCACAACUGAUCUGUUUCCUACUGAAAUUCCUGAAAACUUUUCUCUUUAUCUAAAUUGUGUUGUUCUAUUUACCAGACACCCAAGUGUGGUUUUGGGUCACUUAGCUCAAAUCAUAUGGUUACAUAUUUUUCGAAAUGCUAAGCUAUCCUCUGAUGAAUUUGUUAAAAAUUUAGUACCUACCCUGUUAAAGUAUGAAGCAGAAAAGCUUAUUAAGUGUGGAUAUCCAUCCAAAAGCGAUUGCCUAGCAUGUAAAUUUUCUCUCUCAGAAUUUGACUCUGAUGACGAAUUUGAAAUAGAAUUUAGCAAGUGUCGUUCAGAUGUUUUAGAAAACUUGAGACUCAUUAGCAAAGGAUAUCCUAAAGUUACUUUUUCUUUUGGAAGUUUAUUGCUCAAAUCAUUAAUCAAUGGCCAAGAAUGGAAAACAGUUUUAGAUAAUCCAAUUGCAGUUAUGUAUCCACCAUCAUGCUGGGAUGCAAUAGUUAGCUAUAUGGAUGCUUCUUAUGGAGUAUUGAUGAAAAACAUUGAAAUUCCUGAAGUCAAGGAACUGAUGAAUGAAGGAUUAGAAUUAUUGAACUUAGCUCUCAAUUUUAUCCAUAAUGACCCUGUGAUAUUAUCAUUUGCAUUGUCAUGUAUAUCAUCACUUUUCUUCUUCAUCACAUUCCAGCCUGAACUGAGGUUACAAGUUCUUGAAAAAAUAUUCUCAUAUUUAACUGACAUUGUUAGAGAGGACUCCAGCAACAAAGAUGUGGUGAAUUUGCGAAGGCAUUCAUCGGCAUUAUUGAUUAAAUUAUGUAUGAAUUUUCCAGAUAUGCUUUUGCCUGAAUGGGACUACUUAUGCAACAGAGUGCAGACUCUUCUUCAGUCUGGCCAGUCUACAUCACGAUUUGAAAAAUGUGCUCUGUUGGAAUCCCUUAUGAUCUUAAGCACUAAAUUUCAUGAUUAUGAAAAACAAUCAAGCUUUUUGAAGGCAGCUUUAUCAUCUAUAGAUCACAUAUGGACCUCUCCUGUAAUAUUACAAGGGAUAGAAUCUCCUGGCUCUUUUAUGUCUUUAAUUGGUAUGGACAAACCUCAUGAUGCAUCCAUUGAUAGUGGUCCAAUGAAUAUUAAUGCUUCAGAUCUUAUGCUUGGUAUUAAUGUCUUGAAAGCUUGUGCUAAAAGAUGUGUGUGCCCAAAUGAUUCUGUGAUGGCUCACAAAGGGAAUUUUAUUCAUCCACUUAGUGACUCCUUUGGUUGUACAUUUUAUCGAAAUCCUGCUGCGCCGUAUAUUCUUUUAAUUAUAGAUAAAAUUAUUCAUAUAAUUAGUAUUUUAAAUGAAUUAUAUGAUCCAGUGUACCAAGAAAAAAUUCAUCCAAGUUAUCAAAGAAUCUUAGAUCUCACAGAUGCAGACAAAACAAUUCUUUUAGGAAUUCCUGUGAUUGAAAAUUCUCAUCUGAAAACAUCUAGUGAUCAUAUGAGAUUUUAUUUGCAUAAUAUGUUUGAUUCUUGUUUGCAUAUUCUUGGUUGCUCAGUUGAAAAUCUUGGGAUUGAUUUCUAUACCAUUCCUGAAUUACCAACUCUAUUGAAGGAAAAAAUUCUACAUAAGAUUGAAUACAUGCCUCCUUUGAAGCUAAGAAACUUAAUUCGACUGUUUUUAAGGCCAUUUUUCUUAAGAUGUCCGCCUAAAGCACAUGAUGAAUUAAUGUCAGUUUUAGCUGGCUUAUGCCCAUUUAUGCUUCAAAAACUUAAUGCAGUAUGGGAAAAAUUUAAAUAUAAGUAUGGAACAUGUGUGAAUUAUGAAGAUAAAUUAACAGAGAAUGAAGAAAUUAUAGAAGACCAACUACACAGAACUCUCUCCAGAGAAUAUAUUAAUUUCUUAGUUGAACUUUUGACUAAACAGGACACUUGUUCUGUAAAUGAAAAUGAAAUGGAGAGUGAUAAAAAGGAUACACCUAUUAAUCAUUCAAAAUGUCUUACAGACCUGGGUAUAAAAAUUUUGCAGACUGAGUCUGUUCGUCCUAUUUUCAUAUGCACUGCCUUUGAUUCUCUGCGGUGGCUAGAUACAACAACAAACAUUAAAGCCAUUCAACUUAGUGAAUUAGUUUUUAAUAAAAUUAUGGAAGAUGGUCUUAUUCGGCAAAUCCAAGAAGCCAACUACCUUCUCCAAAGUGUUUUAUAUGCACUCCAAGAACUGGGGGAACAUGAGGGAAACCUUUCCUUGUUAUUGUCUUUUGGUCUUAAUGUAUAUGAAAAUCUAAGGCAGUGUUUCAUAGAAAUUCAAACAACAUUUAUGAAUUCAGUUGGUUGUAAUCAACAAAGUUUGCGGAAACUAAAUGAAACUCUAACACAAAAUUUGCCAAAAGCUAAAAGUGACAAAAUGAAAAAAGAAGCAUUUAAAACUGCCAUUGAGAAAAUCAUUGGGAAAAAUAUUGGACAGCGCCACAAAAAAGAAGUUGUUAUCAAGAAUUUGCCACCAUUAAUAUAUUUUAAACCCAAAAAGGACUCGUCACUCCUAGAUUUUGAUUUGAAUAGUGAUAUGGGCCUAUGCAAUUUAUUUUCAUCUGAUAAAAAUUGCUAACCAUUAGCUUUUAAACUAUCAAUACUGACAUGAAAAAUAUAUUGAAAAUGAAGUUUCUGUCUCUUCGUUAUUCUAAUAUAUAUCUGUUACCUUUGUGAUUUUUAUUCUUGGCAUUUAAUUGUAUAUUUGUUAAUUUGUGAUAUUUUUUGUACAAAUUUUUAAAAAAAUAUGCUUUCAAAAGUCAAUAUUCGAUUAAGAUUAGAAAGAAAAUUAGACUUCAUAUUGAAUUGCUCUCAUAUUUCCAAAUUUAUUAAAAAUGUGCUUACCUGAAAUGUAUAUAAAAGUUUGAAAUUCUGUAUUUCGUUAAUUUUAUAAUAAGUUGUGUGGCCAUAAGUUAUUCUUGUGAUUAAAUUUAUUAUUUGGAAACAAGCAAAUGCAUUUGAAGUUAAUUCUUGAAGAAAUUUCAUUAAUUAAAAUGCAUGUGUUCUGAAAUGUAAAAACCUGUGUAAACUUAAAAGCUGCUGUGGGAAUCAUAAAAUUGUUUUGUUUACCAUUUAUUACAGGUGGUUUUUUUUUGUG